CCAAUUUGGAAGCAUCAUAAAAACCCUAAAUCGACGAUCCUUUUUCUUCGUCUCCACCGUGUUAUCGAUCUUCUUCGACAGCGGAAGAAAAGUUCAGCCGGUGGCCAAAUUUCUGAUGGCGUCCAAAUCGAAGAGCGAAAACCCUCACACGGGUGAUGGCGCUAGUCCCGGGAAGAUUUUCAUUGGAGGAUUGGCGAAAGAUACAACUUACACUCAAUUCAACAAGCAUUUUGGGACGUAUGGAGAGAUAACUGACUCGGUGAUCAUGAAAGAUCGGUAUACAGGACAGCCAAGAGGUUUUGGGUUUAUCACUUAUGCUGAUCCUUCUGUGGUUGACAAGGUUAUCGAAGAUACACAUGUCAUCAAUGGGAAACAAGUUGAAAUUAAGAGAACCAUCCCUAAAGGACACGGUCAGUUGAAGGAUUUUAAGACAAAGAAGAUAUUUGUUGGUGGGAUUCCAUCAACAGUUACUGAAGAUGAGUUUAAUCAUUUCUUUUCCAAGUAUGGGAAAGUCGCGGAACACCAAAUUAUACGUGACCAUGAAACCAACCGCUCGCGAGGCUUUGGAUUUAUAGUUUUUGAGGAGGAAGAAGUUGUAGAUGAAAUUUUAUCCAAUGGAAAUAUGAUAGAUAUGUCUGGUACCCAGGUGGAGAUCAAGAAAGCUGAACCAAAGAAAUCCUCAAACCCACCACCUGCUUCUGCAUAUGGUAGCAAUUCUAGGUCUCGUUCAUUCAAUGAUGGCUUUGGUGGAUAUGGCAGUUCUUAUGGGGACUUGGAUGCAGGCUUUGGACCUGGUCCCUUUAGGACCCCAGGUGGUCUUGGUGCUAGGAUAGGGAGCGGGUAUGGUUAUGGCAGUAGUGGUGAUUUUGGCGGAGGUUAUGGAGGUUUUGGAGGCAAUAGCUUAGGUGGCUACCGAGGUGAAUCGUCCCUUGGUUAUUCUAGUAGAUUUGGACCUUACAGUGGUGGUUUUGGUGGGGGAUAUGGCACAAGUGGCUUAGGAGGAUAUGGCCGAGGGGUUGAUGGCUAUGGGAGCUAUGGAACUUCCAGUUAUGGUGGAGGUUACGACUCCGGUCCUGGUGCUAGUUAUGGAGGAGCAAGUGGUUUGUAUGGAAGGGGAGGCUAUAGUGGGGGUAGUCGAUAUCAUCCUUACGCAAGGUAGAAUCAUUGCAUAGUCAGUACCAUCCAUCCCUUUGCAAGCUAGUAAAGAAGUCUCACUCCAUUGCUGUCUUGCUUAGAUUUGCCAUAGAGUCUUCAAUCACAGGUUCCUAUAGUUUCGUGGCCCAGUGAUAAGCGGUUCUCACAAAUACUAGACGUCCCAAGGAAGCUAUUUAAAGACCCGAAGAGUGUAUUAGACAUUUUAUUGUAUGGUUUUUAGACACUAUCAUGUAGAGACUACUAUGGUUGUCCCGAUCUAGUACGAUUUUAAUUUAGCGUGCCAUGGUGUAGGCUUUAGCAUAUACUUCUUCUUGGCUGUGUUUAUUCCUCACAUUAGUUCAAUAUCUAGAUAGGUUUUUUUAUGUUCUAUAAAUAUGCUCUAGUUUCCGCUCGUACUUUAGUUUGUCGAUGAUAGACUGUUGGUAGGAGAAAAAAAACUCCUAGCUCUACUAGUUUAGAAGAUUGUUUCGGGCAGGGAGCAGAUCGCUUGUAUCGAUAUGUCGAUUCUACUAGCUUAGACGCCUCCAUAUAGAGGUCAUAUGUUGAUUAGAAAGAUCUUGUAUUUUUUGGUGUUGAGAUAAAUUUAUGCUUAACUGUUUUUUUCUUUUUCUUUUUUUGAUGAUUUUGUUACUAUCCUGUGUGUGUAUGAUGAACAAGAAGUUAUUGGAAAACUGGAAAUAAUUUGGUUUUGAGUGAGAGAAGUUGAAUACUCCUAUCGACUGAACUCUGCUGAAGAAGCUGAACUCUGGUGGUUGCCUCCCUUGUGGAUUUCUGGAGUGAUAGGAAGCCCCUGCGGUUGUUCGGCUGAGUACUCUCUGUCCGCGUAUCUCACACUCCCGCUGAUUUUGGCUUUCAUCUUUCAUUUGCCUUACCUUCAUUUUUCUUUCGAGAUAUAGGUCGGCUUCGUGCAUCUUGAUGUUUGCCGGGGUGCUCCUAAAGGAAUGUCCUUCCGGUGGGUUGUUCUCUUCUCUAUCUCUUCCAUAGAAAAUCUCUCUUCGUAAUGCAAUAUAUUAGUCUCUUUCUCUCGGCUUCUGUCUUUGAAGCGGUGUUUACUAUUAAGCCUACGCCCAUUCCUUUCAAGCUUGAUUCCGUCUUUAGACUCGUUAUGCUGUUCGACUGAACUCGUCGGCUCUGCACUCUAUUUGGUUGGAAUCCGGUUCGAUAACCUUCUCUCAUAGAUUCCCUUCACCAAUCACCAAGUUAUGUAAUCCGUAUUCUUGUAUGUCUUCUGCAAUUUUGUAAAUUACAGUGCAGUUGAAAUGUUUGUAUAUAAUAUAUUGAUUUGUAA